GACAAGCUCUCUCUCUCCCCGUCAACAUCUCAACACGCGCCAUCCUUUCACCCAUCUUGCCUGCUCCUUGUCCGAGCUGCUAAUAUUCCGUUAUACCUCCACAAUAGCUUAUACACCCGCCUUUCACGAGAACUUACAAUAUGUCCACUCUCGAAGACCUCGACGACCUUGAGCGUGAACAGAACGAGAAGAGGGACCAGAAGGAUGGAGAUGGAGACGGCAAGAAACCCGACGGCGGUGCGGACUCUGAAAUGAAAGAUUCAGAAUCAAGCAAGAAGUCUGAAGAAGAUGACUUGCUGGAUGAGGAGAUCCUUCGAUCAAGUACCGCCGACAUCGUCAAGCGAAGGCGGAUGCUGGAGAACGAGCUGCGUAUCAUGAAGAGCGAAUACCAGCGGCUGAUGCAUGAACAAAGCACGAUGCGGGAGAAGGUCAAGGAUAAUCAAGAGAAGAUUGAAAAUAACAGGCAGCUACCAUAUCUCGUCGGGAAUGUUGUCGAGUUAUUGGACCUUGAUGUCGAAGCUGAAGCCGCUGAAGAAGGAGCCAAUAUCGAUCUUGACGCGACUCGAGUCGGAAAGUCUGCUGUCAUCAAAACGUCGACCCGUCAGACAAUCUUCCUUCCUCUCAUAGGUCUCGUGGAUCACGAGAAGCUCAAGCCUGGUGACCUGAUCGGUGUGAACAAGGAUUCAUAUCUGAUCUUGGACACACUACCAGCGGAGUAUGAUAACAGGGUCAAGGCGAUGGAAGUUGAUGAGAAGCCCACAGAGAAAUACUCGGAUAUUGGAGGUUUAGAUAAACAGAUCGAGGAGGUUGUUGAGGCAAUCGUAUGGCCGAUGAAGGAGGCGGAGAGAUUCAAGAAAAUGGGUAUCAAGGCCCCGAAAGGUGCUCUGAUGUAUGGUCCUCCCGGUACCGGUAAGACUCUACUUGCCCGUGCCUGUGCCGCCGAGACAAACGCCACCUUCCUCAAACUUGCCGGUCCACAACUCGUGCAGAUGUUUAUCGGUGAUGGAGCCAAGCUCGUCCGGGACUGCUUCGCCCUGGCAAAAGAGAAGGCACCUUCGAUCAUCUUCAUCGACGAACUCGAUGCCGUGGGCACAAAACGUUUCGACUCGGAGAAGUCCGGUGACCGUGAAGUACAACGGACGAUGCUUGAACUUCUCAACCAACUCGACGGUUUCGCGUCCGACGACCGCAUCAAAGUACUCGCCGCGACGAACCGCGUUGACGUACUGGACCCUGCUCUCCUCCGAUCUGGCCGUUUGGACCGCAAGAUCGAGUUCCCUCUACCGAACGAAGAGUCUCGCGCGAACAUCCUACAGAUCCACUCGCGUAAGAUGACAGUCGACGAUCGUGUCAACUGGGGUGAGCUUGCGCGCAGCACGGACGAGUUUGGUGGUGCACAGCUGAAGGCCGUCUGUGUCGAAGCUGGUAUGAUUGCGCUCCGGAAGGGAAUGACUAAAGUUGGCCAUGAGCAUUAUGUCGAUGCCAUUGCUGAAGUCCAGGCUAAGAAGAAGGAUACGAACGUGGGCAUCUAUGUCUAAAGAAGAUUAUUUAUUUUAUUUAGUCUUAUGGAUAUGCGACAUUUGUCGUGGUGUUCUCUCUGUUUUUUUUUUUUUUUUUGUCUUAAUCAAUCAUAUUCAUUCAUCAUCUUUGAUUAAUGAUUUUACUUCAGCCUCAUCCAUUAGAUAUCCAUUGUUUUCUUUCUCUUCGCGAAAUCGGUAUACUCGGUAGGAUUAUGUAUAGUCGGUAUUGGGAUCUUGUUCUUCGUUUAUAUUACUGUUUACACACAUCAAAAAAAAAAAAA